CAUGUUGGCUACUGGUAAAUUCGGUUCAGCGGCCAUUUUGCUCCCUGGCGCACUCGCCGGAGGACCCUUCAGGCUCGUCCGCCCGUAAUGUCCGCCUCCUGCUGCCCGCUCACCGAGGACACGUUCAGCCGCUUUCUGUCUCAGAGCAAUGUGUACGGCCUGUCUGUGCUGCCCUGCCCCGGGGCCCCCGAGCUCCUGGUGGCCACCCUGAAGGGCAAAGUCAUCAACUUCAAGUACCAGGACCUGCGGGACCGGCUGCGGGCGGGAGCCCGAGAACUGCAGUUUACUUAUAUACCCGUUGACGCAGAGAUCGUUUCCAUCGACUCCUUCAGCAAAUCGGCACCGAAGCGCGGCCUGGUGGUCGGCAUAACGUUCAUUAAGGAUUCGGGCGAUAAGACGAGUCCGUUCCUAAACAUUUACUGUGACUACGAGCCGGGAUCCGAGUAUAAUCUGGACUCCAUUGCACAGAGCUGCCUGAACUUGGAGCUGAAAUUCACCCCGUUCCAGCUGUGCCACGCAGAGGUUCAGGACGGAGACCAGCAGGAAACCGUGUUUUUACUGGGUGGCAACGAUCAGUGUAUUCACCUAUACAAAGAGAACGAGGGGCUUCACCAGUUUGAGGAGCAGCCGGUGGAGAACCUGUUCCCGGAGCUCAGAGACCUGCCCAGCAACGUCACGUGGCUGAGUGUCUAUAACAUCCCGAGCAGCCAGCACCGGAUCACGGCCUACGGGUGUCAGAACGGAUAUGUCUGCGCGUCGCAUGUGGAUCAGGGCCGGAGAGAGGUUCUGCAGAGCUGGUCUCUACAGCAGGACGGACCCCUCUCUAAAGUUCUCAUCUUCGAGAUGCCGAGAGCCUGCGGCGGAGGGGAAGCCGAGGGGCAGAGGGAGGCAGUUUUUCCUGAUGGGCAGAACUUUCCGGGCGAGUUCAGCGUCCUGAUCAGCAGCACCACGGAGCCGUCUGUAGUGUACAAGAACGUCUUGCGCCGCGGUCUGGAGGAUCAGCUGCUUCUCCCGGACAGUGACCGGUAUGACAGUGUUCUCUGCGCUGUGGCGGCUGACGUGGAUUUCGAUGGAGAGCUGGAGAUCCUUCUUGCGACGUACGGCCAGGAGCUGCUGUGCUACAAAUACACGGCAGGGGCCGGGGCGGAGGGGCAAUUCCAGCUGGUGUGGCAGAGGGGUUUCCCCAGCCCCCCGCUCUGCAUGGCGCAUGUAGACCUGACGUGUGACGGUCUCUGCGAGCUGGCGGUCGUCUGCCUGAAAGGACUCCACGUGCUGCAGCACAGUCUCGCACAGACCGCUAAGUGCCUUCUCCAGCGCCUCAGACACAAGGUUGAGACAUCAAGACGUUUGCAGACAGUGGAUGAAGUGGGUGCAGAGCUGGCCCCUGGUGUGGCCCUUGAAGCCCAGCAGUGAAGACACCGAACCCGACGCGUCCCCAGACCGAGCGGAACCCCCGAGAGAAACGGACCUUUACAUAAAACUACGGAGCAGAACACACCUUACAGGGGCCCCCGUCGCGCGCGCUGUGUCUGCGGCCCCCGUCGCGCGCGCUGUGUCUGCGGCCCCCGUCGCGCGCGCUGUGUCUGCGGCCCCCGUCGCGCGCGCUGUGUCUGCGGCCCCCGUCGCGCGCGCUGUGUCUGCGGCCCCCGUCGCGCGCUCUCUCUGUGGCCCCUCUGUCUAGAAUCGUUAAUAAAUUUUUUCUACGUUUAGUAAA